CGCUUGGAUUGGUCACGUUCCCUGAUUCUGUUUCGGUUCUCUGUCACUGUGCAGGAAAAUUGUCGUCGGCAUCUGUACCUCUGCUGCGUGCGUGGGCCAAGCGCUCGACAAUGAAACCUCGCCUGCUCGGAGAACAGCUCUGGAUGCAGGCUGCCUAUCUCCAUUCAUCUCGGAGAUACGUGGUUCCUCAAGGCUGAGACACAGAUGCGCGGAACACGCCGGGGUACAUCAAAGACGGUCGCCUUUCACGUCGACGUCUGCUGCGAUUCAAAUUGUGCGCGGUCAAGUUCCGGCACCCGUGCAAUCCCCAAGGUUUACCUACUCGUAUAAAAGCAUCAUGGUAGCCUCCUGGGCGUGUUGCCACGAGCAUUGCGUAUUCGACCAAAACCAACAUCUCUACAUCAAUAAUGUCCGACUACGACUACACCAAUUGUACUGGCGCCAAUAAGGCGCUCGAGGUCAAUCCGCCAAAUGCGGCGGUCAGCAUUACAACCCAUGGCUCCGACUGGCUCUGGGCCGCUUUCUCUCUCUUUAUGUUCUCCGAUCUUGGAAUGGUGACAUGGAUGUGGCUCCGUCCGAGGACGCAGCGUAUCCUUCACCUGUUGCCAAUCGUUAUUCUCACUGCCACAUCGAUAGCAUAUUUCUCUAUGGCAUCUGAUCUCGGCAGCACACCAAUUACUGCGGAAUUCUACGGCAACUAUCAUCAAGACCAGGCUGGUGACCCGGCAACCAGGGCGAUAUGGUAUGCACGGUACAUUGGCUGGACUAUUGCCCUGCCAUUGUUGGUCCUGGAGGUCCUCCUUACUACGGGUAUGAGCGCAGCCGAAGUCUCGAGCGCUCUAUUCAUGGAGGUCGUCUUUGUGGUGUCUUACCUCGUGGGUGCCCUUCUUACCACUACUUACAAGUGGGGUUACUUCACCAUCGGCACCGCUGCGCUCCUUUACGUAAUCUCCUACCUUGUGGGUCCAGCCCUUGUCGCCGCUGGAACGAUUGGGACAGAUGUCCGCAAGGUAUACCUCCGGUCGGUACCAUUCAUGGCCUUCGUGCUGUUCCUCUACCCCAUUGCUUGGGGUAUGGUCUUCUACGGCGUUCUGGAUCUUGUCAUCCAGCCCAUUUUUCUCUACGCCUUCUUGUGCCAGCUGCGCAACAUCGACGUGUCUCGUUUCGGCUUCGCCCCUGCUGCUUAUACAGAGAUUCUCAGCAUCUGA